CUUCUUCUAAUUUGAAAUAAAUUAAUAAAGAUUGAAAAUUAAUGAAAGUUGUGCCUAUGCAGCCAAACCAAUAUGGACAUAGCCCAGAUGCAUAUUUGGAAUUAAAACUGACUAAGAACAUUGAUAAAGAGUCUUAUUUUGAUUUUCUCUCUGGAAGGAAAGAUGUAGAGACUCAUAAAUUAAGAGGCUCUGCGGUUCUCCACCUGCAGGUGGAGAACCUCACCGAGCCUCAUAAUGCAGCAGUCACUUUUCUAUCAACUGCUGAGCUCAGAGAUCAGGAGAAGCUAGAACAGUAUUCAAAUUAUUUCUUGAAAAUUGGAGCUUCCUGAAACGGAUAUUUAUUUGAGCUUGGAGAGAUUGCUAAUGAUGCCUCUGAGCAGGCCAGGAACAGUGGUGAGGUUCUACAGAAAGAAGAUACUCAAAAACUUCCAGUUGGAAAGUCAGCGAUUUGGGAAGUGAUUUCUCAAGCGCCAACCACAGUACACGGAUUUAGAGGGUCUAAAGCUGAGGAGGGAGCUUUGGUUAAAUUUGGGAGAAAUUUGUUCAAAGUUGCAGAAAUUGGAAGCAGAGUUAUUAAAAAUUCAGCAACUCAUCUUUCGUAUGACCAUAGACCUAUGGAUGAUAUGGACCAAGUAGGGAUCUUUACUGGAAGAGAUAGUAUGGAUAGUAGUUUAAAUAAAACUUCAAGUAAGAAAAACAGUUGCCGGGUUUGUCUUGAGUCCCAAAAUACAGAAGACGAUCCCCUUGUUCAUUUGUGAAAUUGUACAGGGAGUGUAAAAUUCAUCCAUUACCAGUGUCUUCUUCAAUGGAUCGAGAGCCAGAGGGAUGUCACUCAUCAUAAAUUUUAUUCUUUAUAUAAAUGGAAAACACUCAGCUGAGAAAUUUGUAAAUCUAAAUUUGAUGAUGAAAAAUUGAUCGCUCUCACAGGGAAAUCAAUGUUCGAGUAUGAUUUCCCAGAGACAGACCCAUACCUUGCUCUUGAAGGAAUAAAAGAGAAAGAAAUCGAGCGAACUUAUGCAAAGAUUAUAUUUUUAAUCAAGUUUGUUGAUAACAAGCACAAGCUUCUUUUAGGAAGAGCUUCAGACGCAGAUGUAAAGAUCAAAGACAUCCAGAUUUCACGAUUUCACACUUAUUUUCAUCUAGUUUACAACAAAAAGGGUGUUCCUGAGAUAUGGCUGGAGGACCUCGCAUCCAGAUUUGGAACGCUUAUCAGCAAAACUAACAUUCCCAACAUAAACGCUUCUUCCCCAGUCGCCUGUUUUCAGGUUGGAUGAAUAAUGAUUUCAGCCAAAUAUAAGAGAAACAAAAAUUCUUGCCUCUGAUUUAUUGCCAAAGAGAAAAAUAUCAUGGCUGGCUUCAAUUUCGUCAGCCAUAAAUCCUACUUUAGUGCUGAAAUGGGCAAGCAGAUAAUGGCCUCCAUGGAGAGGAAGACAUCUAAGAGCAUGGCCACUAAUUUCCCUCUCCGGAUUUCCAGAGAUAAUGAUCAAGACAAAAUGAACUGGGAUAAUCCUCUUGAAGCAAUCAAUGAAGACCGAGAUUGGGAAAAUAAUGAUCUGGAAGAACGGAAAGUCAGUCGGAGGCCUUCAGAAGAAGAAGACCCUAAUUUAAUGAUGAAAGACCCUCAUAACUUGCCAACUUCAGUACAUUUUCCUAAAUAAGGCAGCUUUAAACCCUAAACCAGACCUCUCCUCCGAUCUAUUAAAAGAAGAGUCAAAAGAGGUCAUUGAUAAUGAAGCUAAGCAAUUAUAUGAAGAUUUCCAAAAAUAUGAGGUAGAAAAACAGGAUUCUCCUGACCAAAGUGAAAGGGAGUCAUCUGUUGACAAAUUUAUUGAGAAUCAUGAAAUCAAUAGUUUAUUCCCUUCCAACACCUAACCAAAGGGUCUAGCUGGCUAAUUCCCCAAGCACAUAUUAAAGGUCCCAACCUGACACUUUC